UCGUACUUUCGAGAAAAUAUAGCAAGUCUUCUCUUACGGUAGCUGGCUAGCUAUAAUUGGAGCAGUAACUGUUUGGAAUCAGCUUCCUUCUAGAACCUUGGAAUUAGGCUCCAGCCAUGGUUUGCAUACCCUGCAUCGUCAUUCCGGUCCUGCUCUGGGUUUAUAAGAGAUUCCUCGAACCCAUCGUGUACCCUUUCAUCUCUCCGAUCAUAAACCGAUUCUGGCCUAAGAAAGCUGUGCAGGAAAGUGGAAAAGGCAAUGCAGGAGCUGAUGAAUGCAAUGGGACAUGUAAGAUGGAAUGCAACGGGAGCAUCAAGAGUUCUACCGUCAAUGGACCAACCACAGUUUCUGACAAAAAGACAGACUAACACUGCAUAGGACAACAUCGGAAGCAACACAGAUUUAUCCAUGUUGCUGACUAUCUGGAUUGUACAUAAUGAUGGAAAAUAUUUUGCGAUGCAUAAAUGGUGCAAAUUAGAACAUUGCCAUGUUUGUAUAAAAUAAAUACCUUUAGAAAAUAAAAAAACUUUAGAGGAGC